UUUCAUUCAAUUUCACUAUUCCUGUUUCGAAUUUUAGUUUCUCAGAAUCUCAAAUUCGAUUGUUCCAAUCUCAAAGAAGAAGAAGAAGAUGUUGGCGAUCUUUAACAAGACAGUAGCUCAUCCACCAAAGGAGCUACACAGCCCUGAUUCUUCGAGGACUGCUAAAAAGUCUAAUCUAAUUUCAGAGGAGAUUCUCAAGGAUUUUCUCUCAUCUCAUCCUGAUAAUGCCUUUUCCAUGUCCUUCAAUAGUGCUGCUGUGCUCGCUUAUGUUCGUCCUGACCGAAUCUACUCCCCCCACAAUCAAAGGUUGUUCUGUGGAUAUGAUGAGAUUUACUGUGUAUUUAUGGGGAGCUUGAGCAACCUGUGCAGUCUCAUCAGGCAGUAUGGGUUGACAAAGAACACCAACGAGGCCAUGCUUGUCAUUGAAGCUUACCGUACCCUUCGAGACAGGGGACCUUACCCUGCUGAUCAGGUCAUCAAGGACCUCGAUGGAAGUUUCGCCUUCGUUGUCUUUGAUAGUAAGGACGGCACCGUUUUUGCUGCUCUCAGUUCGGAUGGAGGAGUUAAGUUGCACUGGGGAAUCGCAGAAGAUGAUUCGGUGGUGAUUUCUGAUGAUUUGAAAGUCAUUAAAACAAGCUGUGGCAAAUCCUUCGCACCUUUCCCGACUGGGUGUAUGUUUCACAGUGGAGGAGGGUUAACAAGCUUUGAGCAUCCGAUGAACAAGGUGAAGGCAAUGCCCAGAGUAGAUAGCGAAGGUGUCAUGUGUGGGUCUAUCUUCAAGGUUGAUGUCUUCUCCAGGAACAGUACCAUGCCUCGUGUUGGAAGUGAAGCCAAUUGGGCUGCUUGGAACUCAUAUUAGCGACCGCCAUCACUGAUCUGACUGGAAAAU